UGGUUCAGUACUAUGAGCUGUCUAAUUUUGAGCUGCCUUCAGUGCCACCGAGACAUUUCUUCUUGUAGCCUAAUUCGCUCCCGCUCCGAAAUCAAGUGCUAGCACUCGGCUUGGUCCGUACUGCCAGGACGCGAUCCCCAACUCUUGUCCAACUCCCUUUGAGUCUCUUGCGUUCGUUCUGUUUUUUUUCUCUGCUUCUUGACAGGAGCAUUCAGUGCAUUCGAUUUUUGUCUCAAUCUUCGCUGGAAGGCAAGCGGUAGGAAAAGAAAAACACGCUACCUGCCAUCACUCAGCGCUACACAGAAACUCUACUAGUACCACAUCACUCACAAUGGCAAUGGACCACUUCUCCUGGUCCGACACAUUCCACGCCCUCCUCUCCCCCUGCCUCUCCUGCCUCCGCGCCGCGCACCCCCACCCGCAUUUAUCAUCCAACGACCACCUCUACCACUCCUCUGCCACCCCAAUUCCAAUUCGGUCCGACCAAGCCUCAGCCUCGCUUGAGGGAUUAUUGGCGUCAGAUGCGAGCUCGGAGGAAGCAGAGACGCUUUCGCUGCAUUCGAACUUUGGCGCGGGGAGGAUCAGGAGGAAGAAGAAGAGGGCGGGGAAUUGGGUGAGGAUUUGGGGGUGGGAUUUGUUUGGGCGGAGGGGCGGGGCGAUUCAGUUGCCUCCGGACGACGUCGAAGCUGCGGACGAGGACGGAGGCGGGGAAGGGGAUGAAGAGAGGAGGGAGAGGAGGGAAAGGAGGAGAAAAGCGACGCUUUCUUCCUCGACGCUCGAUUCGGAUGCCGCGCCCGUCGACGUUGGCGCCAUAACCUCGCAGCUCGCCGCGCAGCCCGAGCCCUCCCUCAGUCUCGAGGACGAAGCGAGAGAGAAGGCGGAGAGAAAGGCACGAAGGAAGGAGCGUAAAGAGCUCAAACGCGCCGCGCUGGCUUAUUCGCUCGAACACGGCGCAGACGAGGAGUUCGAGGGCUUUCAAGGGUCCGGAUCCGCACCUCGUAUCCCGUCCCCGUUCACCCGUGGGGCGCACCGACACCAAGAUUCGAUGAGCAGCCAUACGAGCUCGUCGGGCAAUAUGCGGAGUCCGCCUCUUCGUAGUCGUAUGCAACAAGGAGGUGAUGGUGAAGAGGAAGAUGAUGAGGAAGAGCUCGCGGAUGCGGAUUUCGAUGCGCGCGCGUAUGCGAAGAGGAGGUCUUCGAAUGGUGGCUCGGGAGGGACGGGCUCGGGAUCAAGGUCAUCAGAUUCGAGGUCGAGGACGUCCGCGUCGGCGUCGCAAAGCGGUCCCAACCAUACCCAUCCUGCCUUCCCUCCUUCCCCCCUCGGCCAACCCGACCACGAUCCCAGCGCCACCUCCACCCCCAACUCCAAACCGAAACGCACUAAAUCGAAGAGCAAAUCCUCGAAAUCGUCCUCGUCCACUGGCAAGAAAUCCUCCAAUGAUUCGAAUAACUCCGAUCCGACGGACCAGAGCCCUAGUCUCAUCUCUCCAACUACUUCGCAGUUCCUCGACGCUACCAGUAAGGGUAGCGGUGGUGGUGGGGAACAAUUGAUUGAAGUGCGCAGGGAGGAUUUCCUGGAUCUGAAUUUACCUUCGCCUGGAUUCAAUCUGAAUCUGCGAUUACCGACUAUCGACGGACAGGUCAAUAGCAGUGGGUUGGGGAGUGGGCUCGGUAACGGUAACGCUAAUGGGAACGGGCAGGGUGGGCUGGGGUUAGCGACGAGCUUGAGUCCGAGUAAUGGCAAUGGUGGGUUCCCGAGUCCGGGGUUGGGUGGGCCCAGGAAUGGAGGUGCAGGGUUUGGAGGAGGAGGGAUGAAUGGCCAUGGAGUGGGCAAGAGGGAUGUGGGCGCGUUUUUGGCGAAGAGUGGGUGGGAUGCUUGAGUUCUUCAUCGACGUUGGGGCUCAGGUCCUACUUAAAGGAAGCGGAGGAUGUGUUGAUUUGUUGUGAUAUUUAGGUAAGUUGUGUACGUUGGGUUGGACGUUGGACGGUAUGGAUGAAGCUGACGAUGACGAUGGUUGGGACGUCUACUAAGUCUUGUUUUUUUUUCCUAUCUCUUUCUAUGUUUUAUGCAUACACGUAUGAAUUUAGUCCCUCAUGGUUGGAUCUACUUGGUUUGGUGUUUCGUUCUUGUAUAUAUCUGUGUUUUGACUGUAUACCCCUCAUUCUACGUUCUACAUUCUAUGACAUGCU